AUGGCAGACACAGCCAAGAACAGCCUCCUGGCACCCAGCAGUGCCACCACUUCGAGCGCCGGUCCAGCAGAAACCGCCUCGUCCCCUGUCGCCGAGCCGCCAAGGUCACCGCCCGCGGCGAGGAGGUUCCUCCAGUCCAACGUCGACACGAGCGGGCCACUCGGCGUGUGGCAGCUGUGCUUCUUCUUCUGCUUCUUGACGGGCUUCACGUCCGCGCCUACCUUCCUCGCGUGCUACUUGUGGGCGGGCUUCCAGACCGGUGGCCUUGUCCAGCUCGGCCUCGCCGUCGGGCGCCUGUUCGCGACGAGCGACCGGACGUUCCACAAGCCUGACCAGCAAGCCCUCACGUCGCUCCUGUCGUUCCUCCUCGGCACCUCGCUCGGCCGCAUUGGCGACCGUGUCGGCGCCAAGAAGCGGUGGUGGGCUAUGUCGGCCACCUUCAUCUCGGCGCUCCUCACCAUGGCCGCCGCGUUGUGCGCCCAUUUCAGCCGCGAGACGAGCGUCGCCGAGUUCCGCACAGAGGCGUCGUGGCGGUCACCGCAGGGCAUGGCGGCUCUCGGCUUCGCGAGCGCGAGUCUCGGUCUGCAGGGCAUCGUUGCAAAGCGCCUGAAUCCCGCCAGCGGCACCUCGCUCGUCCUCACGACCGUCUGGGUCGAGCUCGCCAACGACCCGCUCCUGUUUGCCCGCAAGGCCGUCAAGAGCCGCGACCACCGCGCGCUCGCCGUCUUUGCCGCCUUCCUCGGCGGCAUGUGCUCGGCCGGCAUCGUCUUUGCGAGCAGCUCGGCAGUCGCGUUCGGCGUCUGUACCGGCCUGCGCGUCAUCGCCGUCUUCGUCUGGCUCUUCAUGCCCGCCGAGAAGCCCAAGAAGUAG